AUGACAAAUCUUAUAUUAGUAGUAGUAAUUUUGUUUGUGACCUUCAUUAUUUUCUUUCUGAGUACUUGGAUAAAUGGCUUCAUUGUGUUGCUGCGAUAUAUUACUUGGGUCAGAGACAGGAAAAUUUCUUUGUCUGACUUUAUCAUCCUGAACCUGGCUCUCUCCAGGAUCAUCCUGCAUGGGAUACCAAUGAUGGUUUUCGCUGUAACCAUAUUUUAUCCCCAUUUCCAUCACUUGGAUAUAUUUUUGUAUAUUGUUGAUAUUUUCUGGAUGUUUACCAACAACUUAAACAUCUCUCUGACCUCUUGCCUCAAUGUCUUCUACUGCCUGAAGAUUGCCAGUUUCUCCCAUAAGGCUUUCCUCUGGCUCAAGAGAAAAAUAUCUCAUGUGGUUGUCUGGAUUCUUCUGGGAUCUCUGCUCUAUUCCUGCUUCAGCACACUGGCAUUGGUCCUGAAAUUCCAUGUUUAUUCUGACAUGAGUCAAAUGAUACGCUCAAGAAACGACACUGAAGAAAUCAGAAGAAUAAAAACUCACUAUUAUCUCUUGCAUUUUCUUGGUACUCUCUGGUCAUUCAUUCCAUUCUCCUUGUCCCUGCUCUCCUCUGUCCUGCUCAUUCUCUCCCUAGUGAGACAUACCAAGCAGAUGAAGCAUCAUUCCACUGGCACCAAGGAUCUAAGUACCAUGGCCCAUGUGAGAGCCACCAAAGUCAUCCUCUUUUCUUUCAUACUCUUCAUUGGAUACCUCCUCACCUUCUUUCUUGCUAUGUAUAGUUUUUUCUUUCCACAUUUUCUGCUGGUAAUGAUUUUGUCACUAAUUUUCACAGUUUUUUCCUCUGUUCAAACCUUUACUCUAAUCCUGGAAAAUCAGAAGCUAAAGCAAGAAUUCCUCUGGAUGUUUCAGGUCAUAAAGAGGAGGCCAAAAUGUUAG